ACCUCUCCACUAUCUCACUCACCCACUGCCCGCUCACAACACGAGCUCUGCAACUGCAACUGCAAGGCCGCAGCAGGGCACACAUCGCCAAGCAUUAGCAAUCCUCUGACCUCUCCGCCCCCCGCACACCAACGCAGCGCGCGGGCAGCGACCAAUGGCGAGGACGCGCGCGCGCGGCCGUCUCCUCCUCGCCGUCCUCGCGGCCGUGCUGGCGCUCCACCACGCGCCGUCCUGCGCCGCCGCGGCCGCGCUCCGGGCGUCGUCCAUCUCCGCGGCGCCCGCGCACGCGCCGCUCCCGCGGCUCCCCAGGCAGCACGGCCACCCCCACUCCGCACCCCCGCCGGCGGUGUCGCUGUCGCCGGACAUUAUGCCCGUGCUGCCCUCCCCCGCAGAGGACGGCGCCGCCGCGCCGCCGUCCGACGCGGAGCCCACCAUCCCGUCCAGCCCGAGCCCGCCCAACCCGGACGCGCUCGAGCCCAACUCGGCCCUCGCGCCCUUCGGCUACGCGCCCGCCGUCGCCGCGCAGUCCCCCGCGCCGCCGCCGGCCCCGGUGGCGGCCGUGGCGUGGGCGCUCCCCGUGGCGCUGCUGGCCAUGUGGUCGGUGUAGUGGAGUGGGCGAGGCCAUCAGCCAUGGUCCUCACCUCUGCUCCUCGCUCGUGGAUGCGACAGCAGGCGCAGGCGACUGGGGCAUAGCAUACCUCUCUCACCUCACCAGCCUUCAGGCGUGCAGGAAAAGUUGGCCGUUGGUUGGUCGGGUUGGCUCUGCAGCUUCCAUUGCACUACUCCUGUCCUUGUGAAGAACUGUUACACUAGUCUGUUUCAUCAGUGUCUAGUUCUCUCCUGUAAAUUUUAGUUAUCUUUUGAUUCAUAAUUUUUGGGAGGAAGGGUUACAUGAUGUUAUAGCCGUUUUGUUUUGUGGCCUUUAUUAAGUUGAGAUUAUUUGGGUGAUUCUUGUAAUAAAUUUGGAUGGAGGGAUUACUAGUUUAAGUGCUCAACUAUGGUACCUUAGGUGAAGUUCAAAUUGGAUUUCCCUGA